UCCAACUUCCAAAGCAUCUGAAGAACACUCGCAGAGAGUGAUCAUCGAGCUAGCUAGCUAGAGAUCGACAGUGAUCAGAAACUUCUAGAAGCAUCUAGAACUAAUUAAGCUCUCUCCUGAGUCCUGACAUAUAGGCGAUCGAGUCAUCGAGAUGGAGAGGGUGACGAAGCUGGCGUCGGAGCGGGCGGUGGUGGUGUUCACGGCGAGCAACUGCGGCAUGUGCCACGCCGUGACGAGCCUCCUCGGCGAGCUGGGCGUCAACGCCGCCGUGCACGAGCUGGACAGGGACCCCCGCGGCCGGGACAUGGAGAGGGACCUCGCCCGGCGCCUCGGCGGCCGUGGCCCGCCCGUCGUGCCGGCCGUCUUCAUCGGCGGCAACCUCGUCGGCGGCGCCAACAGGGUCAUGUCGCUGCACCUCGCCGGCGAGCUCGUCCCCAUGCUCAAGAACGCCGGCGCGCUCUGGCUCUAGACGUAUAGUAAUUAGUAGGAAGACUACGUAAUUACUACUUAAUUAUACGUACUAAUUAAGCGCGCAUGCAUGCAAUACAAAUUAAGCCAGGUUUUUUAUGCCCUGUGCUGAGAAUAAUUUUUUUUAGCGCGUAAAUAUUUGCACGUCAAUAUAUUGCUGAGAAUAAAUCGAGUGGUGUAAUGGUGUUUCAGUUGUUUUAA